AUGUCAACCGGGGUACUCGCUGCUGCAACAUUCUAUCUGCGGCCGUGGCUGCUGUCGUGGCUGGACGCGAUAGUGCUCCUGGACAUCAACUGCUGGUGUGAUGUGCGCUUUGGCCUCAUCAACCUUUGGCAACGUCGUGGGGCGCCUAACCAAUUUCACCCUCUGAGCAGCCUCCAUUCGGCCAACUCUGCCCUAGACGGUCCCCGAGUACCACCCUUGGGCGUGGACAUAGUCACAACCACCACCAACCUCUGCCCGCCCACUUACACGCACACCAACACGGCGAGGUAA